CAGUGCGGAUUGCGUGUACAGUUUGAAACAAAAAAAUGAAGAACAUUAGUGUCGAUCCGCAAAGCGAUUCGAUCGGUACGGGGCCGGAAGAUGCGACAUCAUCCUCGCAAUCUUCGCCCCGCUCUUCCGUCACAUCCAGCGAUAGUUUACUGGCCUUAGGUGAGCUGGCCUUGGAUGGGAACAGGAGCGAUGAAACGGCCUCUUUGCCGUCGCCGACCGCGUUGGACGUGUCGAUCGAUCAGUCGCCGUCCGGCGUCGGCAGCGGCAAGUCCGUCACGGCUAAACGUUACCCGUCUUUCCGCGAUAUCUUUAUGAAACAGAUCAGCCGCGGACGGCGUCUGUCGUCCGUGUCCAACACGCCGGAUCGUUCGCUAGACGACAGCGUCAAACACGCGGGCAAAACGAAGCGCAAAAAGAAGAAAAAGGAUAAAGCGGGCGGGACGGGAUGCGCCGGAUGGCUGGAAAAGAAGAAGAAGCGCAAGAAUUCUUCGGGAGAAACUACGGCCGCUUCGUUUAGCAGCAGCGCCGAGAGCUCUAAUGGAUCGAGUGAUCAGCCGCCGCCCUUGGUCACGCCACGGGAGAUGCAAGAACGAGUGGUGGAGGAACGUGAAGACGAGGAUGAAGAGCAGUUUCAAUACGCCACCGUUCCAGGCGGAGGGACGUACACGAAACGGCCGUCCAAUUGGACGCAUGUGGAUGACCUCGACGUUGAUAGCCUUCAUCUGAGUGCGCCCAUGAUCGUCCGCGUCGCCCCACUUGCCCGUUUAGCUCUCGAUGUGUUGAUAAGAAACCCGCAGACGUUUACGCUGACCAACUUGAGCAGUCUCAGGAGACGAGAAGAUCUGGGCGAGGGCGGUGUCGAGGACAUGAUUUCCAUUUCUGAUUUGAAUGAAGCCUCACUACUCUGGAACCUCAAAGUCCGUUACGACGCACAAAGCAUUUACACUUACACCGGAAAUAUUCUGGUGUCGGUCAACCCGUACAAAAUGUUCGACAUCUACGGCCUGGACAUGGUGAAGAAAUACGAGCACCAAAUACUCGGCACUUUACCACCGCACCUGUUCGCCAUCGGCUCGGCGGCGUAUGAGCGCAUGGUCAGCCGCGAUGUACCGGGCGGUGAGCCGCAGGUGGUCAUCAUCAGCGGAGAGAGCGGCGCUGGCAAGACGGAGGCCACCAAACUGAUAAUGCAGUACCUGGCCGCUGUCAACAAUAAAUCGCCGGCCGGAUCGUCCAGGUCUUCAUCCUCGCUGGUUACCGAACAAAUCUUGGAGGCUUCGCCGCUCUUGGAGAGUUUCGGCAACGCCACAACCGUCCGCAACGACAACUCGUCGCGCUUCGGAAAAUACACGCAAAUCUUUUUUAGAAAUGGAGCGAUAGCCGGUGCCAAGAUCACCGAAUACCUGCUGGAGAAGUCGCGGAUCGUGACUCACGCGGCCGACGAGCGCAACUACCAUGUUUUUUACGAGAUGCUCAAGGGCCUCCGCCCAGAAGAGAAGGAGCGCUAUGGUCUCACGGCGGCCGACAACUAUUUCUACUUGAACCAGGGAGGCCAUUGCGAGAGCGCUACGAAGCACGACGGUCAAGAUUUCAAGACGCUUUUGUCGGCUAUGCAAAUUCUCGGCUUCAACGCUGAAGAACAGGACGUUAUCUUCAGGAUUUUGGCUUCCGUCCUCCAUCUGGGUAACGUCUUUUUCCACCGCAAGGCGUUGAAGCACGGCCAAGAAGGCGUGGAGAUGGGCUCGGACGCCGAGGUCCGUUGGGUGAGCCAUCUGCUCCAGCUGCGCACGGACGGCAUUGUCGCCGCUCUCACCACCAAAACCACCGAGGCCCGCAACGAGAAACUUCACACACCUUUGAAUAUUGAUCAAGCCCUUGAUGCUCGAGAUGCCAUUGCGAAAGCUCUCUACAGUUCGCUCUUCGGAUGGCUGGUGAAUCGCGUCAAUUCGAUCGUAAACAAGGGCGAGAGAUCUACGUCUAUCAACAUCCUUGAUAUCUUCGGCUUCGAAGAUUUCCCCGAAAACAGUUUCGAGCAGCUGUGCAUCAACUACGCCAACGAGAACUUGCAGUUCUACUUCAACAAGCAUAUUUUCAAGCUGGAACAGCAAGAGUACGCCAAGGAACGAAUCGAGUGGCAGACCAUCACUUUCACCGAUAAUCAACCCGUGAUUAAUCUGAUCGCCAAGAAACCCAUUGGCGUUUUGCAUCUGUUGGACGACGAAUCCAACUUUCCCAAGGCGACCGACGGCUCUUUCCUCGAAAAGUGCCACUACAAUCACGCUCUCAACGAGCUCUACUUCCGGCCGAGAAUGUCCUCCAUGGAAUUCGGCAUCAAACACUACGCCGGACAGGUCUGGUAUAAUGCCGAUGGCUUUUUGGACAAGAACCGUGACACUCUACGACCUGACGUCGUCGAUUUGCUAAUCAGCAGUCGCAUUCAGAUGCUAUCCAGGAUGUUCCAGGAAAUGAAAAAAAGCCACGAAUCGAGCAAGGUACUUAACCGUGGCGAUGGACGAUUUGUCACCAUGAAACCUAGGACGGCCACGGUUGCUGCCCGUUUCCACGACUCGCUCCAAGCUUUGCUGGAAUCCAUGUCCAAGUGCAAUCCGUGGUUUGUGCGCUGCUUGAAGCCCAACAGGGAAAAAUUGCCGAUGAGCUUUGACCUGCCCGUCGUGCUAGAACAGUUGCGCUACACCGGAAUGCUGGAGACGAUCCGCAUCCGCAAAACGGGCUAUCCGGUCCGCAUGAAAUUCAACCAUUUCAUCGAACGCUAUCGCUGCUUGUUGACCAGGAGGGAGCGACGUAAUUUGGCCAGGACUCAAAAUCCGCCCGGCCCUGACGUCUGCCGCCUUUUGCUGGACAGACACGCCCAGAGUGAUCAGUUCCAGCUGGGCACCAGCAAAGUGUUUAUGCGCGAAGCUGUCGAACAGCAAAUGGAACGCAAACGGUUGGAUCACAUGCGCGAUGCCGCCGUCAAGAUCCAGCGGGCUGUACGGACGUACCAGAUGAGGAAACAGUUCUUGUCUCAACGACGAAGUGCCGUGGUGAUCCAGGCGUGGGUCCGUCGCCACCAGGCCCGCAAACGUUUCAACACGAUCCGUCGCGGAGUUGUCCGCGCCCAGGCUCAUUUCCGGGCGACCCGCCAGCGAAGACUCUACAAGGAAUUGAGAGAAGAGCUUCAACGACGAGAAGCGGAGCGCGUGACAGCUCGUGAAUUGAGCGUCAAACAACAGCAGCAAAAUCAGCACAGCCAACAAAUUCAGCCGCAACAAAAUCCUCGUUCCAUCGCCAACGAUUUGGAACGCGACGCCAAGGCGAUUGCUGGAUUCAACCAUUUGGAAAUCCCGGCCGAAUUGGCGUUUAUCUACAGCAAAUUGGACGAUUGGCAGCCUAUGCACUCUGAGCGUAACGUCGUCAAAGUUGUGGGCGCCGUUCCGUCCACGGACCGCGAACGCGAAUUGCCAUCCGAUUUGGACCAUCACGCGUUUACCAAAUUUACCAGCAUUUACUUUAAGUCUCAUUUAUGGGGAUCAAAAAAAGAACCUAUUCAAACGCCUUUAUUGCCCAAAAACUCCGAGGCCGACGUUGCCGAUUCGCUGGCCAUUUUCAAGCUGAUUUUGCGUUUCGCCAACGGGCCGAGAGGCGGUACAAUCAGUGGCGACCAAGCCCAGUGGAAACGCGAAAUGGCGCUGGGCAAUUACAUCGUCCACAAAGGCAUCGUCCGCGAACAGUUGCGCGACGAGAUCUAUUGCCAAAUUUGCAACCAAACUUGGCGAAACGAGGACCCUCAGGCCGUCGCGCGCUGCUGGAACCUCAUGGCCAAUUGUCUCUCCGCCUUUCCCCCAUCGCCCGUCCUCUACAAAUACCUGCUCAAGUACGUGUCCGAUCAUGCUUACGAUGGAUAUCGGGCCAUCUGCCAGCAGAAAUUAAUGCACUCUUAUGCGAUGAACCCCGCACUGGCCCGAGCUUAUCCGCCAACGGUGAUGGAAUGGAAGGCCAACCGCAAAUGCGUCAACAUGGCCCUGGAAGCCCGCUAUCCUGACGAUGAGAGUCGACAUGCAGGUGUCGAGUCUUGGUCAACAGCUGAGAGUGUAGCUUCGCUGCUGAUGCGAGCCAGAGGUUUAGAAGGCAGCGAGGCAGAGGGCUGGACGGUCAGCAUGGCUCAAGACGACGAGUUUUUCGAUCUCAACGGCCAGGAUUUCGUGCUGGACGUUGUGGCUGAGCUGGAAACACCGCCGGCCUUCCCCAUCCACAAAGGUGGACAUUUCCUCAAUUCCAGGAACGAGAACGAACCGCCUUAUUCUCACGGACAAUCCCGCACGCCCAAUGGAAUGUCACCUUCUCGAAAUGGGCAACGGAACUCAAAGAGACAUGCUGCGCACUCGUCGUACGCCGUGCACCGCGAUGAGCCCGGCCGGCGCAGUUCGGGCGCCAUCAUCGGUGGCAAGCGUUUCUUCAAGAGCGAACAGAACCGCUCCCAGGCCAAAAUGAGUCGCAGUUUGGAUAACCUUCUCCACGUUGAAUCGGGUAACGAGGCUGAGUUGACAAGUAAAAUGGGCUUGUCACGCAGCAGACUCAACGACAGAUACCGCUCAAUGGACAAGCUCAAGGCAAGCAACAAGAGUUUGCUGGUCCAACGCUCGGAGAGCCAUCGUCACAGUGCUGGUGGACAUCAUCCGAGACCAGCUACAGCUGGCGGUGAAGCUGAGUGGAGUAAACUGGGACUCAGCAGCAGCGCUCUCAAUAGCAGAUAUUUUAGCCAACAGAAUCUGAAAGCCGGAGUUAGGGCCACAGAUAGCGACUCGUCCGAGCCGGACGAGAAGCCAAGACGAAAGAAGUCGUCCAGUUCCAGAUCUAACGGCCACACGCCGUCUAAGAGAAAAGGCGGACGACAUGCAGACGAACGGACGGAUGGAGGAGAUUCUGAUACUGGAGAGGACAAUGGCUCUGACCUGGACAAUUGUCGCCAACCCGCCAAGACGGAAGAGUAUUACAACGGCCGAAAUAAUGGCCGUUUCAUCAAAGCCCCACCACCACAAGCUAACGGCAAAAAGGGCAAGGGGGCCGUCCACAGUUCGAGGGCCUACAUCGAGACCCGUAACGCCUCCGAAUCGAAAGAACACUUGGCCAAAUCUUCGGCCAUGUCUGAUACAAGUGAAACGGUUUCGCUCACUUCUCACAUUCGAGUUCGUGCUCCGUCGCAAUCAUCAAACGUGGAUCAGUAUUUGGAUGAUUUGUUCAUGCCCAUCCUGGAUGGAAACAUCGACGAGUUCUCCGACGCCCGAUCUCUGGCCGCUUCCAUUAAAGGAGGCCGGGUAAAACGGAACGAGCCUGUCGAUGAUUUCGUCGAUAGCAUCAUCGCGGACAUCCGACCGGACGAAGAUCUGAACGGAGCCGAUGACGUGAUUUCAUUGGCCGCAGCCAUUCGCGGCGGUGGCAAAGGUUUGAAGGAUCCCGGACAAAAUUACACGAGUCCGUCUCGCGAACCGGCCUUCCAGCCGAUUGGCAUCAACAUCGGCACUCCGCAGCAAUCGCUCGGUCUCAUGUCACCCUCGCCAUUAUUGAUGCCCGGAUUCUUUGGAGCGUACGCUCCUUUCCCCUUGCCGGAUCCCGGACUCAAAUUCUACAACGAGAUGGCCUCGGUCCAGCAACAACAGAGCGCGUCUGUGCAGCCUUUCUCUUUCCCCUACACCACCAGUAGUCCUCUACCUUUCUUUCAAAUGCCGUCAGGAUUUCCGUCGAUGGGAGCCCCGAAUUCAUCAAACAGCGGCGGGCCGACUAGUGGCAUGGAACAGGCGGCCCUGCAACAAAACUUGAGCCGGGCAUUUUUGCAAUCUGCUGUUGCUCAAAAUAUGCAGAUCCAGCAGCAAUUGAUGGCCCAGAAUCAAGCGCUCCAACAGCUGCUCCAAACGCCGGCCCUACUCCACCCAUCACCACAUCCACUACCACCUUCUACCGUUAGUUCUACUCCUCUGAUUAUGACCGUUUCGCCCACGUCUCCCGUCUUGAUGCAUGUCUCCUCCACCACGUCAAAGGCUCGCCCGGACGGUAAAUGGCGGCCAGCAAAGAAGGAAGCUGGUCACGAUGACGAUAACGAGCAGAGCGGCAGUCGAACAGUCGACAUCCAAGACGAUUCCGAUCUUUGGCGCAUCGAGGGACCUUCAUCGGCGCUGGCCAGGAGCGGCUCUCGUGGUCAGGGUGACCAAGUGCCCGCUCCCAUUUUGCCCAAAUCACGUAGGGAAUCGGGACUACCUGUUCUCGAAGCGCGUCAAUCGUUUUCGCGCACUCAGCAAGCUGACAAGACACCCGACUAUGUUUCUGCACGCAAGUUGAGCCUCAGUCACGAACCGACUGUUUUCAAGGGGGCUCCUCCUCCGCCACCGCCGCCUUUGCCGCCCGAGCCCAUUUUCGGCGAUCCCAACGCCCCUCACCACUUGAUGGACACUUAUGGACGGGCCAAAACGGUCCGCAUCGGCAAGUGGAGAUGGCCUCCGGCCCGUUCCGAUGACGAUCCCUCCAUUCCGCUCACCGGCAGUUUCCUCGAGUUCAAAUUGCAACAAAAUCAACGAAGAAGAUCGCAAGAAAAUGGCCAACCUUUCGAAGGUGUUGAAUGGGAUUCUUUCGACAUGGAAUCGGAGGAAGUGAAAACUGACGACGAUGUCAAUGAAUCGACCAACCCAAUAUUCAAAAAUCGCGAGCGGAGCGUCAGUCCGGUCCGUCCGUUGAGGGACGUGAAAACGACGCCCGGAAGUAUCGGCAAGCUGAAGAUCAGCAGCGAAAUGAGGGCCAAGUUGGAAUUGGUGACGAUCGCCCAUCAGGCAACAACGAAACCGUCCCACGAAAGACCAUCAGAAUCGAACGAUCGCUCCGAAACUGGAGGAGGUGUCCGCAAGCUGGAAGACAAUCGCCGUCUCAUGUUGCAACAGCAGCUCAGCGGCAGAAAAUGGGAUACGGUCGAAGAAGUGGAACGUAUCACCCGUAGGGUGUCGUGCGACGAAAGGACCGACUUGAUCAAAGCCGUCCAUCAAAGACCUCCCGCUGAUCAAGUGGAUAGAGCUCGUCGAAGUAGUGACAUGUCUUCAUCGAACACUCGAUCGUCUCAGUUCGAAACGGCUGUCCAGCGGUCAUCUUCUCCGCCGACUACUUAUUAUUCCAUGCAGGAAUCCAACGCUCAAUCGUUGUCCAACGGCCUGGAACCGCGUCUAUUGGCUUCAUUUCCAUAUCACGAAGAACAACGCAAGACAUCCAUCGACGACGAACUGGCUGCCAGGGCGUUGGAGAGCAUUCACACCAAGCUGUACGGCCCUUUAAAUGCGCCCUUUUUCACGUACAACAACGUGCCCUGGACGCUCCACGUCCGCAAAGAGUUGUUUUCGCCGUCAGAAAAUGCAUUGGUUCAUCCACUGGGAUUGCACUUGAUAUUUUGUCAAGUCGUCCAGGAUACGUACAACGACGCCUGUCUCAGGAUCAACCGUGACGAUCGUGCCAAGAUGCAACAGAUGUUGGAGAAUUAUGGCAUCACGCCCGAGAACGCCACUAACGGCCACCACAAAGUCACGCUCAAGCGCAACGUCGUCGAGAUGGCCAAAGAAUGGCCGCUCUAUUUCGCCCGACUCUAUCCCGUUUCCGGUUCUCGACAACACGCCGACGUCCAGUUCUUGGCCGUUUCCCAUUCGGGCGUCCGAUUGGUCAAGCGCCAGCAGAGCGGCCAAACGGAAUCGCUGCACGUGUUACAAGCCUUCGGUUUCAGUGACAUUUUGAACGUGACAACACCGCGAUCGAGCAACUUGCAGGUUACGCUCAGAACUGGCGGACCGUUCCAGUUUUACACGCAACGAGCUGCCCUCAUCCGCGACCUCGUUCACCGCUUCGCCAACGAAGCCGAAAAGGAACCGCUGGAGUAUGUGAGAGCAGUGGCCAAUUACAUCACUCGCGAAUCGACUCUUCUCAGUUUCCGCAAAGGCGACGUCAUCCAGGUCGUCCGCGACGAGCAAUACGUCGACAAAGGCUGGAUGUUUGGCAAACUAGACGGCCGCGUUGGCAUUUUCCCGGCCGAUUACGUUGAACCGAUGAGUCGCGCCGAGGCCCGCAAGAUUUCUGCAUCUUCAUCGCGCCACACCAACCAGGAUGAUUUGUACAGAGUGGGAGCAGUAUCACCCGGACCUCACCACGACACAUCGCUGGAUAUGACCAGUUCAGAUAACUCCCGUUUGGACGAUCCCGGAAGUCCGACUCAACCGAACGAUGGCAAACAUUCUCUACUUCAAUUCGCCCUCUAUCACUUCCGGCAAAGCCCAGAAAAAUUCGAAAUGUUACGCCAUGAUGAUACGCUGCGUUCGGGAGCUGGAGACAUGCACAAUGUCAGCAAAUCGGAAAAGAAGAAGAGCAAAAGCAAAAAAUCCAAGGAUAGGCCCGACACAUCGGCCGGCUCCGACUGGACAUGGAAGGAGCAAGUGGAUCUGGUCAAAUUCACUAAAUCUCCUAUUCAGGCUUCGCUUCUACAACUGGACUCCAACGAGCUCAAUAAGUUGGCUUUGGAGGGUUUCCUAUCCAUCAUGAAGUACAUGGGUGAUUACCCUAUGGCCAAAGGCCAAUCCGAAGUUGAUAGUGUAUAUACCAUUCUAAUGAACUGUCAUAAACACGAGGCGCUACGUGAUGAGACUUAUUGUCAAAUCAUGAAACAGACAACCAACAACAAAUCAUCCCGUCCGGAUUCCUGCCAGCGAGGAUGGAGACUCUUCUCCAUCACGGCCGCUUAUUUCAGUUGCUCCGAAGUACUGAAACCUUAUUUGUUCAAGUACUUGGAGACGGCCGCCUACGAUAAGCGAAGAGCCUAUCACGGAACUGCAAUGGUGUGUUUGCAGAAUUUGCGCAAAACGUUGCGCUAUGGCGGCAGGAAGAACGUGCCCAGCAUCGAAGAGAUCACUGCCAUUACGGCUGGUCGCAACUCCAAACGACAGAUGUACCGACUACCUGGUGGAACGGAGCGUGUGAUCAACACCAAAUCCACCUCGGUCGUCCAGGACAUAAUCGAAGAGAUUUGUGGUGUAAUCAACGUCCGAUCCGAGCAGGAAAUGGAAGAAUAUUCGCUCUACUGUAUCGUGGAAGGUGAUACGUUCACCAUGCCGCUGGCAAGGGAAGAGUACAUCCUCGACGUCACCACCGAGCUGCAGAAGAACCAGCAAGUGUACUACCUGAUCUUCUGCCGUUCCGUCUGGCACUACCCGAUGCGGUUGGACAAUGCCCUGUACAUUGAAAUCGUCUUCAACCAGAUCGCGCCCGAUUACUUGGAGGGAUUGUUGCUGGUCAUGCCCGGCGAGCAGAUCUCUCAAGACUGUGUCUAUGACAUUGCGAAAGUUGCUGCUCUGCUUCAUCGCGCAGCAGAUUUAGAUCACAUGCCUACGAUGAAGGAGACCAAGUAUCUGUUGCCGAAACCGGCUCUCUCCGUUCGCGACAUCAAACCUCCACAGUGGGUCAAUCUGGUGCAGAGCUCUUGGAAAGAAGUUGAACAUUUUAAACCGUCUCAGGCCAAAGCUCAAGUUCUAGAGGUUUUGGAGAAAUGGUCACUGUUCGGUUCGAGUUUCUUCGCCGUCCGCCGCGAUGCGGAUCCACUCGAACGAUCUGAACACAUUUUAGCGCUCAACCGGAACGGCGUCCACUUCCUCGACGUCAUGACUCACGAAACUUUGAUGCACUAUCCUUAUUCCGAAGUGAUAUCGACUCGCAAAGUCAAGUCGGAAGAGGGUCCGCUUUUCCUGGACAUGAAGUGCGGCAAUUUGAUGCAGCAGCGCGUCACCCGAAUUCAAACGGACCAGGCUCACGAAAUUUCGCGCCUAAUCCGACAGUACAUCACCAUUCAACAACGCAUCCAGCAGCAGAACGUUAAAGAAGAGAGUAAUCUGGCUUCACGUUGAUUCAAUUUUGCCUGAUUACUAAAUAUCUUGGUAAAUAAAGAUAAAUUCGCAAGCAGAGUAAUGAAAAACGAAAGAUUACCAAAAAAAAAAAAAUUAAAAAUAAUAUAAAAUAAUGAAUAAACAUUGAAAGAAAAUUCUUUCAUAUUAGCCCUCUUUGAAAUAUUCUACGCUCCUAUCGGCCAUUGUGUAAUUUCUUUGUAAGAUUGGGACUAAUAUACAUUUUGUCAUAGU